GUAUGUGUGUGUAUGGCUGUGUAUCCGUGUUUCUUUUAAUACUGUAAACACAAUGAUCUGUUUCUUUCUUGGGUAUAUCUGUCUUUGAUAAUCCCAUGCUGAGUCUAAAAUGACAGCAUAUGUAACAGCUUGUGUUUGCAAAUUGAGUUUAGGACUAAACUCGACGGUGCCUUUUGAGCCCCGGAGGCAAUGAAAAAAGAUGGUCUGGGAAGCGAGAAAGACAAGUACAGCAUGUUUUUUUCUCUCUCACCAUGUAGACUGGGAAGCAGUAGGCAGACACAAGGCCGUUGUAAUUCAUGCUGGGCAGUGGGGUUUGUGUGAUGAAAGCAACAGAGCGCUGCCUGGGAGAUUGCUUUGCUGCACUCCUCGAAGCACAUUUGAAACUGUCUCGGAAUGCCUUAGAUGAGAGUUGGAUUAUAGACUGACCUGCAAUGUCUAUGUCAUUCGGUUCUGUGCAGGGUGCAUUAUACUGUGCUAACCAGGUGUUGGGUCCCAAAUCCACACACUGCCCAUGAUGUAAUUGCUCAGCAGUGUCUAUUUUACAGUAGAGGAAGUUAGUUGUAUAAUGGUAUUGGGAUUUGGGAUAUAUUUGUCAGUUCAUUCAUUGCUACAAAGGCAACUUUUCCACCACGUUAAAUGUACCAACUUCUAGACACAACAUACUGACAACGCAAGAAAACUCACAAUAAAUAGCAACUACUAUCUGAUGGUAUUUUUUGACCCGUCUCUCUUUCUGUCUGGUGUUUAGGCCUAAAGAUGCAGUGGACCCCAGAGCAUGCACAGUGGGCCGAGCAGCACUUUGAUAUCUCGUCCACCACACGCUCUCCUGCACACAAAGUGGAGGCCUACCGGGGGCACCUGCAGCGCACCUAUCAGUAUGCCUGGGCCAACGACGACAUCUCUGCACUCACCGCCUCCAACCUGCUGAAGAAAUACGCAGAGAAGUACUCUGGGAUUUUAGAGGGUCCGAGUGAACGAGCGCUGCUCUGCUCCUAUUCCGAUGGCACUCCUGGACUCCUGAAUGGACGUAAGUCAGAGAGUGAGUCCUGGCAGGAGGGGAUUUACCCAAUGAACUGCGCUCCAGAUGUUUUAUCUGUGAGCAAAUCUGGAAUGACAGCUGCCCUUCCCCCAACAGACGUGUCGGCCAGCAUAGGUAGCACCCCAAGGGGGGCCAGCAGCCUGACCGAGCCCAGCUAUUCCAGCAGUAACUGUGGGAGUCACACAGCCACCAGUCUACACUCUGGUCUGUCCUCUCAGGAAUACGCUACGGGCUACAAUGGCUCCUACCUGCACUCUAGUUACAGCGGGCAGACCGCCUCAGGCCUCCCCUCUCCAUUGCACAAUGCUGGUCUCCUACAACCCCCGCCCCCACCCCCACCACCUCCCCCUACUCUAGUGCCCAGCUACAACGCGGGGUCUCCCAACCUCUCCAACUACAAUUAUCCUCCGACAGGGUAUCCCCCACAGACAGCUGUUGCCCCUAGCUAUAGCCCUGGGGGAGCCCCACCUCCCUCUGCCUAUCUGCCAUCAGGCAUCGCAGCUCCCACGCCCCUACCCCCCUCUACACUCCCUGGCUAUACCUACCAGUCCCAUAACCAUGCACCAAUUGCACCAACACCUUUGAAUGGCAGCUCAGCCAACUCAUUGAAAAGAAAAGCUUUCUACAUGACGGGGCAUGGAGAUAUGGACUCCAGCUAUAGUAAUUUCAACUACAACCAACAGCGCUCCUCACAAAGCCCUAUGUACAGAAUACCAGACAACAGCAUCUCAGACUCAAGCAGAGGGAAUGGAUUUGACAGGAAUGCUGAUCCGUCAUCUUUAGCAUUUAAGCACACGAAGCAGCCAAUAUCCUCAGAUCAGCAAAGAAAAUGUUGCAGUCAGUCUGGCCGAGCAUUAACCCCUCCCUCCUAUGGAUCAACCAAAAGCUCUGUGGGAGGCCUGAGAUCGGGCGAGUCCUUUGGAAAGUUUGGAACCCCCCUAAUGAAUGAGCACAGUGAAGAGCAUAGACAGCUCCUCUCCCAUUCCAUAGCAGGGUCGGACAUUGGCAGCGCUACCUCAUCCAGCCACACUGCAGAGGAGCAGCUGAAGAACAGUGAUGCCAACCUCGUGGAGUUGGUCACCACAGAGAUCCUUCAGCCCGGUCCCCCAGUAGACUGGAAUGACAUUGCAGGUCUGGAGCUGGCCAAAGCAGCCAUCAAAGAAGAGAUUCUGUGGCCCAUUUUGAGGCCAGACAUGUUCAGUGGACUUGCCACAUUACCUCGGAGCCUCCUUCUUUUCGGACCUCAGGGAACAGGCAGAACACUGCUGGGCCGCUGCAUGGCCAGCCAGCUGGGGGCUGCCUUCCUGCGGCUCAGUGGCUCAGCCCUGGUGACCAAGUGGCUGGGAGAGGGAGAGAAGAUUGUCCAGGCCUCCUUCCUGGUAGCCAGGUGUCGCCAGCCCUCAGUGGUGUUCAUCAGUGAGGUGGACAUGCUGCUUUCGGCCCAGCUCAGCGAGGAGAGCCCAGUGAAUAGGAUCAAGAGCGAGCUCCUCAUGCAGCUGGACAGUGUGCUGACCUCAGCCGAGGACCACGUCCUGGUGGUCUGUUCCUCCAGCAAGCCUGAGGAGAUCCAAGAGUCCCUGAGGAGGUACUUCACCAAACGGCUUCUCAUCCCCCUACCUGACAGCACAGCACGACACCAGAUAAUCAGCCAACUGCUCUCACAGCACAACUAUUGCCUCAGUGACAAAGAGUUGUCACUGCUGGUCCAGCGGACGGAGGGCUUUUCGGGACUGGACGUGGCCCGGCUGUGCCAUGAGGCAGUAGUAGGACCGAUACAUGGCAUCCCAGCUUCUGACCUCUCAGCCAUCCAUCCCAGCCAGAUGAGACCAGUCUCUUACCAAGACUUUGACAAUGUAUUUAGCAAAUUCCAGUCCAACAUAUCACAAAAAGAACUGGACACAUACACCGAAUGGAAUAAAAUGUUUGGUUGCAGUCAAUGAAACUGAAGCAUUCGAACACGCGGGAAGGAAACCCCUUUCAGAAGGUUACCAUUUAGAAUUCUCAGUAAACAGGAAGUGGACAAGAGAAUAAUACAGGUCGUGGUGACUUUAACACCUGCAGUACAGUAAAGGCGUAAAGGUAGGCCUUAGAGAAGCAGAGGCAUGCUUUACACAACGGCUGGCAAUCUGCACACAACACAUAGAGAAAUAUUAUUUUGAUGCUUGAAACGGAUGAGGCCAAGCAUCGCCUACCAAGGUGCAAGUGGGUAGACUUUAACAGGAUGGAACCCCUGUGUGUGUAUAUAUCAGUUUGCUGUUCUGGAGAUUUAGUUGCUAUCAAGUGCCUGAAGUGGUGCUCUUUUAUUUUAUAGUAUUAUCUCUUCGCCUCACAAUCUACAUUGAUGGCAUGUGCUAAUAUAAAAAGCUUUAAUAUGAGACAAAAACUACAAAAUUGCUUUUUUUUCCAUUGAAACAGUAUUCCUCAACUGUGUCUGUUUUGCGCUCUCUGUGGACAGUAGAAAGUACACGUGUUACUGGUAAUCUGAACCCUAAUUUAUAGACAUCAUUUAUUUUGAUGUUCUCUCUUUAUGAAAACUCAGGAAAGUGAUUGUGAUAUGUACAGUACCUCAAAGAUUGUUUCAAAGCACUAAACAUUUGGCUUGCGUUUGAAUUUGCAUUAUCAAAAAUGGAGGGUUUACGGUACCUCGAAAGGCUAAAAAUGAGUAUGACAUUGAAUGUACCAGAGUGAUUCUGGAGUAUUUGGAAGACAAAAGGAGAAGUGUCGUGUUUUUCUUUGCAAUUUCCCAAGUGAAGAAUCCUAUUGUGAAUAUAGUUUUAUUUGAUAUGUGGCAAAGAUGGAGGAAUGACGAUUCUUUGAUCAACUACAACACAUUCGACUGGCCUUCAUCGACCGGCCACAGUACAUUAAGAGAACACAUUUUAGGAUGUACAUUUUUGCUAAACCCCAUCUGUAGGAGAAAGCAUAGCAUAUGUAUUUGUCGAAUAUUAUCAGCAGCUUAAAUUUGUAUCUCAUCUGCAGAUAAAACUGUCCGGCCACUUGCGGAGAAAUGUGUUAAGGCUGGAAAACGAGCCUCGUGAGGUUGAAACAGACCGUUUCCCCCAAGUUAAUUUCAUUCCAUCCCGCUGCUAUUUUAUCGCGAAUGAAAACGAAGGAUUAUGUUUUCUACCUCAGUUUAUUCGUUUUCUCUGAAAGCAGAAUCUGAGGGUAUGGCAAGAUGACAGAGCCUAUUUCGCUCAUUAAACUAUGAAGCCUUUUGAGGGAACAAAAAAGCUGCCUUGCUGACAACAAAAUCAGCUUAAGUUAGUGUUACGCCAGUGUCGUCCCCAUUCAUAGACACCUAUGUACAUGGAGUAUUCAUUUCUCGGGAACAUGAGCAGGGUGGUCGUGAAAAGGGGUCUGGAGACGUGUGGCCGUUAGCCCUAUCUUUAAGCCCUUGUUCUAGGGUCCUUUCUUACAGCAAAGCUAUGUUGUUACUAACUAUCAAUGUUUAGUAAUGUGCCAGAAAAGGGGCAUUGGAGACACAAGGCCUGAUGAAUGCAUGAAAAAGCCUUGCACUUGUUUUUUG